CUUAAACAGCCUGGUUCAUCAGGAACUGACAGCCAAGUGCAGCGCAUUACGGUUCAGUGAAGCGUCCCGGUUCUCCGUCCGCGAUGCUCCGGUUGAAGGCGGUCUCUCGGCAUCUCUCUGCGGGGAUAACCGAGCCCUCCGUCCGCAUGAAGCCCUGCGGCGCUUCGGCUGGGCCGAAUGAUGUUGUUGUGGUUCACGGAUUACGGACUGCAAUCGGGAGAGCCAAAAGAGGCUCGUUCAAGGACACAACCCCAGAUGAGCUGCUGAGUGCAGUGAUGAGUGCAGUCCUGAAGGAUGUGGAUCUGUCACCAGAUAAACUGGGAGAUGUUUGUGUCGGUAACGUAUUACAGCCAGGAGGAGGAGCCCUGGUGGCAAGAAUUGCCCAGUUUCUCAGUGGCUUUCCAGAAACAGUGCCCGUCUACACAGUAAACAGACAGUGCUCGUCUGGACUGCAGGCACUUUUGAACGUAGCAGGUGGAAUCAGGAAUGGCUCCUAUGAUAUGGGCCUUGCAUGUGGCGUGGAGAGCAUGUCUUUGCGUUCUGUUGGGAAUCCGGGGGACAUCAGCUCUAGAAUGAUGGAUGUAGAGAAGGCCAGAGAUUGUAUCAUCCCGAUGGGAAUCACCUCGGAGAAUGUAGCAGAGCGGUUUGGCAUCAGCAGAGAAAAGCAGGACUCCUUUGCUCUCAACUCUCAGCAGAAGGCGGCUGUGGCUCAGAAACGGGGCCUGUUUCAGCAGGAGAUUGUUCCAGUCACCACAAAAUUCGUGGAUGAGAACGGAGUUGAACGCACCAUCACGGUAACCAAGGACGACGGCAUCCGGCCGGGCACCACGCUGGAGGGUCUGGCCAAACUGCGCCCAGCCUUCAAGGAGGACGGCAGCACCACAGCAGGUAAUGCCAGUCAGGUGAGUGAUGGAGCAGCAGCUGUUCUGGUGGGCCGCAGAUCUACAGUGGAGGCUCUUGGUCUGCCUGUGCUUGGGGUCCUGAGAGCCAGUGCUGUGGUGGGCGUACCCCCAGAUGUGAUGGGUAUUGGCCCCGCCUACGCAAUUCCAGCAGCCCUUGAGCAAGCAGGUUUGACUGUUGAUGAUAUUGAUGUCUUUGAGAUCAAUGAGGCCUUUGCUAGUCAGGCAGUAUACUGUGUUGAGAAACUUGGCAUUCCACUGAACAAAGUGAACCCCAACGGUGGUGCCAUCGCUCUGGGACAUCCACUGGGCUGCACAGGAGCCCGUCAGGUUGUGACCCUGCUCAACGAGCUCAAACGCAGGCGAAAGAGAGCGUAUGGUGUGGUGUCCAUGUGCAUUGGAACUGGGAUGGGAGCAGCUGCAGUGUUUGAGUAUCCUGGACAGUGAGGAGGAUUACAGCUCAGACAGCCAUGCUGUGGAUCUUCAGAUGAAGCACGCUGAUUCUGUCAUGAUCAAGAUGAACAUGAAGAUAAUGACUAACUCUAAUUGAACACUAAUAUAAGGAUACAGAUCCUGGUCAGAGAAUACUGUAGACUGAAUCAAGGAUUUUAAAGGUAUGACUUAGUCUCUAAAUCAAAGGUAAUGAGCAGGUAAAGCUUAAGAAACCUUUAGAUAAAGGCAGCUGAAGCCUGUGAUGCUUAAGCUCAUUUGUAGACGUUAAUCUGAAUGUGCCUUGUUUCUUUUAUAAAAACAACUGGUCACAGAGAUCGUAAAAUACAUUUGUUCACCAUAAAGGUUCAGUAUACUGCUGAAGGUGAUGCUGAAACGUGUUGAGCCUCUGUUUCCUGAUACGUUUCAUCAUCAUCGUUUUACUGUGGCCUCAAAUGUCAUUUUUUGCACAUGAUCCUGCGGUUACUCAGUUCGUGUCUGUAAAUAAGCAAGCAAGUUCUCACAGCAGACUUCAACAGAUUGGGCCACAGGUUCCUCCCCCUGGUCCUGGAGGACCCCCAGCCCUGCACAUUUUAGUGUUUUCCCUGUUCCCAGCUCACCCCCUUCAAGUCAUAAAGGGCUUGUUAAUGAACAGAUUAGUUGGAUCAGGUGUGUUGAGAGCAGGGGAAACAUUAAAAUGUGCAGUGUUCUCCAGGACCAGGGUUGAGAACCACUGGAUUAGCCAAUGUAUUAAAAGUACAAAAAUCUGACACUUUAUUUACUAGCCCUGAAAUAGCACAGAGGCCAAUUGUGCAACACAAUGAACAGAACACUGAAUAAAAUGGGAGUUUAUUUGCAGAUGUAUGUAAAAAGAUUCCAUUUCCAAGUUUAGAUUGUGCCUUCAACCUAUGGUGAUAGUAUGAGGGAGGAAGACUGAUCGAAAUAGGAAAGAGAACUUGGGCUGGAGUUCUGGGCGGCUUCUGCUUGGAGCUAGAAGGCCAUGCAGUCCUUCUGGAUGUUGGUAUCACUGAUAGAUAGGAAGACAGGACUGAGGAACAGGGAGGAGAUGGGUUGGUGGGUGGAAUAGUGGAAACUUUACAGGAAAUGGAAGGGAGAUAUGGGAAUUUAUUGGGCUUUAGUCUGGAAGGAGGCGGGGUUUCAUGCAUGGUCGACUGACCAGAUUUCAGCUCUUCUAUUAAAAGUGCUCAUGAUUCUGUGCUUUUCUGUUAUGAUAAAAGUUAAUGUAAAAUGGUCCAUAGAGUGCAAAUUCAGAGACUGGACAAAGGAAUUGUUGAUAUGGAGUUAGCAUAACAAUGAUCAGUUCAUAUCUCUGUUUUUGUUUUUCAUCAUCUCUCCUUUGAUCUGUCCUUUGAUCAGACUUCUCUUAAAGAGAAUUCACUGUUAGCUGUUUUUUGUGAUUUAUGGCAAGUUAAACAGACAAAUGCCUUCUUUCUACAGCUCUUAAUGUCUUUGACCUUUGAUUUGUCACAUAAAAAGAGAAAAAUCUUUUUAUAAAUGAGAAUGAUGUAUUUUAAUUACAUAAAUAACAAUACAAAUGAAGUCCAGUG